CAGCGGUUUCAUCUUGUUCAUAAACCCUAGACAGUUGAAUCAAGAAAAGAGGAAUCCUAUAAUAAUGGAACCAAGUCAAAAUGAUUUAGAAAGACUCAUGAUCUUUGAGCACGCUCGUAUCACCGCUGAAUCCGCAUACGCCAAGAACCCUAACGAUGCCGAUAAUUUGACAAAAUGGGGUGGAGCUCUGCUGGAGUUAUCACAAUUUGGAGAUAUUAACGAAUCAAAGAAGAUGAUUAAAGAUGCUGUUUCCAAGCUGGAAGAGGCUUUGGUUAUCAAUCCUGCGAAACAUGAGGCUUUGUGGUGCUUAGGAAAUGCUCACACUACUAAUGGAUUUUUAACCAUUGACCAUGAUGAGGCUCAGAUUCAAUUUGACUGUGCAACUGAAUAUUUUCAAAAGGCAGUGGAAGAGUGUCCAGGGAAUGAACAUUACCUCCAAUCUUUGGCAAACUCCUCUAAGGCACCUGCUUUGCACAAUGAGAUUCACAAACAAGGUGGAUUUGCUCAAGCCCAACAGUCUUUGGGUGGAUCUGGCGCAUCUUCAAAUGCAAAGAGCUCUGUGAAAAAGAAGAGCAGUGAUCUGAAGUAUGAUAUAUUUGGGUGGAUAAUCCUUGCAGCCGGGCUUGUUGCAUGGGUAGGGAUGGCCAAAUCUCAUAUGCCGCCACCUCCACCGCAAUAAGAGUAAGUUAUAAAUGCUGUAGACGAAGCAUACGUACCUACGAUAUGUACCAAUUGAGUCUAUAUGUAAUACCCUAAUUUUUUGUAUAAUUUUUGAGGAUGAGAUAUCUUUAUUAAGGAUUUAUUGACCAAUAUUUUAUGAGGGAAAUAAAUUUACUACCAUAUCAGUUUAGAAUUUA